AUGGUGCCCGCCUCGACGCUUCUUCGCCUCUUCUCUUCCCCGCCGCCGAGCGGCACCGCGCCGCCGCCCGGCUCCGUGACUUUGGAGGUGGGUGGCUGGCAGGUCGUCGUCGCCGACGGGCACGCGGUGCUGCCCGAAGGCAUGACGCACCUUCCGAAUGAGGCGUUUCGCGGCCGCGCCUCUCUCGUCUCGAUCGCCUGCCCGCGCAGCCUCACCUCCGUCGGCGACGGCGCCUUCGUCGGCUGUUCCUCGCUCGUCUCCAUCGACCUCCCCGCCACCCUCACCUCCAUCGGCAGCCGCGCCUUCCUCCACUGCUCCUCCCUCGCCUCCAUCACAUGCCCUGCCGGCCUCGUCUCCAUCGGCCUCGACGCCUUCGCCGGCUGCUCCUCGCUCGUCUCCAUCGACCUCCCCGCCACCCUCACCUCCAUCGGCAACGCCGCCUUCGCCGGCUGCUCCUCGCUCGUCUCCGUCGCCUUCCCUGCCACCCUCACCUCCAUCGGCGACAACGCCUUCUACUUCUGCUCCUCCCUCUCCUCCAUCGACCUCCCCGCCGGCCUCACCUCCAUCGGCGAGUACGCCUUCUCUGGCUGCUCCUCUCUCGCCCGCGUCACCUUCCCUGCCAGCCUCGUCUCCAUCGGCGAGUACGCCUUCGCCAGCUGCUCUGCCCUCACCAGCGUCACCUUUCCCGCCACCCUCACCUCCAUCGGCGAUAACGCCUUCUACUUCUGCUCCUCCCUCGCCCGCGUCGCCCUCCCCGCCAGCCUCACCUCCAUCGGCGAGUACGCCUUCGUCCGCUGCUCCUCCCUCACCAGCGUCACCGUGCCAGACACUGCCACGAUCAGCGACGAGGCUUUCGAUUCUGAGACCGCCGUCCUCCGCCUCUCGCCCGCAAGCAUGCGCGACCUGCAGCGCUGGUACGAGGCGGUGGACGGCGCUCUGGCCUACAAGCGUUGCCGCCCCCUCCUCUACGGCUGGCUAGAGCGGGCCCAGGCCAGGCUCGGCUCUUACGGCCCGGAUGGCGCGGCGCGCCAACGCGACCGCGAGGAGUUCGAGGGCGACUUUGCGCACCUCGCGCUCCAUGCAGACUGA